GCCACAAGUAUAAGCAGUCCAAGCUAUCAGGAAAGGAGGAGAGGAACAAAGAAAGAGAGAAAAUGGUUCUGCUAGACAAGAUUUGGGAUGAUGUUGUUGCGGGUCCUCAACCUGAACGUGGCCUUGGGAGGCUUAGAAAGUUAGCCACCCCCUUGAACGUCAAAGAUGGUGAAAAGGGGGAGGGGAGCAAGUACCAGAGAACGAUGUCGAUGCCAGCGAGUCCAGGGACGCCGUCAACACCGGUGACACCAACAACACCAAUAUCGGCUCGUAAGGACAACGUGUGGAGGAGUGUAUUCCACCCUGGGAGCAACCUUGCCACCAAGGGCAUCGGUUCUGAAAUCUUUGACAAGCCACAGCCCAACUCUCCUACUGUUUAUGAUUGCAACCAAAAGGAGGCUAACAGUAACAGAUGGAAGGAGGAAAACCUGGCUCUCUGUUUCAUAGGCGCGUGGAAAUAAAAAAUUUUAGUGACUUGGGUAAACACCCAACAAUCAUGCUCAUGUGCAUGGCUCUACAGUGGGGAGACAAGAAGCAAACAUCAUCGCUGAAGUGGGGGAGACUGAGUGACGGAUGGUGGCAUGUAAAUAGCGAUCGUUUUUUGCUUUGGGUGUGGUGUCAGCAACGCGUCCUUGUCGUUUUGAUGUUCUUGCGACAACGUGUAUGUCUUUGAUAUGCAAGCCGAGGCUUGGUAUUGUGAAAUAUUUGGGUGGUUUUGAUGCUGUGGCACCUUGUAUUUGAUAUUUUGUAAGGCCAAGAUCUGCCGUGUACGGUGGUUGAUGAGCUUUCGGUGGUUUGUUAUAAGUUAUAACUAUGUUGAAUAAAUAGCUUUAUGAAAUGAAAUCAUCCUUUAAUCUAAUUUUGGGGAUUGUAAAACGA